CAGCACGGACGACUACGCACGUAAAUAAAGAGUUUAUUAAACACAAAAAAAAAAACACAAUUAUUUAAAGACAAUGUUAAAGAAUCCAAAGUACGUGUACGGUCCGGUGGAUCGGUAUGUGACAGCUUCAUUGAAUUUCGGUGAAUUUAUAUUGAACAAGAUACAUGAACACCGCGACACAGUCGCUUUGAUAAAUGGCUCAACACACGAACAGCUCACAUACGGCGAAAUCGCGCAAGAAGCGAUGAAUAUCGCCGUCUCGCUCCGACGUAUGGGCAUUAGAAAGGGAGACGUGAUCGCCGUGAGCUCAGAGAAUAGAAGGGAGUUCUGGAGUAGUGUUAUAGGAAUCAUUUGUUCUGGUGCUAUUGCUACUACGAUUAAUAUUGGAUACACAAAUGAUGAACUUAAACACGUUAUGGGUAUAGCAAAACCAAAAUACAUCAUUCUGUCACCGUUAGCAUACAAAACGCAUGCAAAGAACUACAGAUCUCUGCCUUAUUUGAAGAAAAUCAUCCUUUUUGGAGACGACAGACCUACGAACACCAUUCUGUACAACGAUAUAGCUAUACCAAACAGUGGUGGAAAUAAUAACAAAGAUGGUUAUAGAUUAACAGAAAAUAUCAAGUAUGAAGAGUUUCAGGCAGCAGAUGUGGACGGAGACAAUGAUACUCUGUUCAUUCUAUAUUCUUCUGGUACCACGGGAUUGCCGAAAGGAGUUGUGAUUUCGCAUCUGAACGUUAUAACAUUAUGUUCGCCAAAUACCCCCCUCCCUUCUCUCAAAGGCCUAUCAAUAACCCCUUGGUACCACACCAUGGGCCUUAUCGGUACAUUAUCUACUUUCACGAGAGGAGUAACAGGUGUGUACCUGCCUAAGUUCGAUGUGGACCUUUAUUUGAAGACCGUGGAAAAAUAUCAGAUAUCCCAACUAACCGUGGUGCCGGCCGCCCUGAUCGCUCUUUGCAAGUCUAACCUGAAGUACGACACAAGCACUGUGCUCAUUGUAUACUGCGGCGCUGCACCUUUAUACGAAGAAACUGCCAAGGCUGUUAGGGAAAGAUUCCCAAGCGUCCAAGCUUUAUUACAAGGAUAUGGUAUGACGGAGACUACAUUGGCUAUCACUCUGAACUUUAAUCCUGAGAAAAUUGGCAGCGUUGGGACUGUUAUAUCUCAUACCAUCGUCAAGGUAGUAAAUCCAGAGACCCGAGAAGUACUAGGGCCUAACCAAGAGGGGGAGAUCUGUGUGAAAAGCGUGAUGCUAAUGAAGGGGUAUAUCGGCAAGGAUAGAAAAGAAGACUUUGAUGAAGAAGGCUUCCUCAGAACCGGUGAUAUUGGCUACUACGAUGAUGAUCAGUUCUUCUAUAUUGUGGAUCGGUUGAAGGAACUUAUCAAGUACAAGGCCUAUCAGGUCCCCCCAGCAGAAAUAGAGACAACACUCCUCAAACAUCCAUCCAUCCGGGAGGCAGGCGUGGUGGGCAUCCCACACCCCACCGCUGGGGAAGUCCCUCUGGCCUUCGUCGCGCUACAACCAGGGGUAACCCUCACUGAAAAGGAGAUUCAGGACUUUGUCGCUGAGAGGCUGUCAAACCCAAAACAUCUUCGCGGUGGAGUAAGAUUCAUUGAUGAAAUACCAAGGAACCAGACUGGGAAGAUAUUGAGACGAGAACUUAGAAAGAUAGUCAAGACAAGGAAAAGUAAACUUUAAAAUAAUAGCCAUAGAGUGGAUUUUACAUUGUUAAGUGUUAUUGUAUUUUAUAUGAACAUAAUAUUAUGAUAAAAUGAAACUAAUUCUGAAAUCAAAGAAAAGUUAGCUUAAAGAC